UUGCGAGAAGACGGAGGUGAAUUUGGCUGUGAGGUUUCCGAGUAUGGAGUCGCUGAGAGCAUUCUUCAACUACAGCUCAAGAGAAUCGCACCCAGCUUUGGAUGAGAAGUUUGUGAUGGGGUCGGCGCUAGCGGAGAGAGUUCUUGUUAGAUCAGUCCCUGCCGAGAUUUUCGCAGAGAAGAAGAGUGAGUUAGGUUUCUGGCUGAUUAGUUCUGCGGAAGCUGCUGCUUCUAGUAAAGGCAAGGCAGGAGGUAGUUGUCUCUCUGAGGCAUUAAAGGGGAAUGGAUGGGGGAUAAAAAGGCAAGUCAAGUAUUUGGGUAGACAUAAGGAGAGUGAAGGUAGUGAUGUUUAUAUCGCUCAGAACUCAUCUUCGAGCUUCGUGAAUGGAGCUGAGGAAUCUCACAAGCGUUUAGUUUCUGCUUGUGAUGAUGGAGAGAAAGAUGGAGAUAUGGAGAAUGGUGAGGAUCAGGAAAAUGCUGAAGAAGAAGAAGAAGAAGAAGAAGAAGAAGAAGAAGAAGAAGAAGAAGAAGAAGAAGAAGAAGAUGAGGAAGAGGAAGAGGAAGAGGAAGAUGAGAAGAUUAAGGUUAAGAAGAAUAAUGAGAACUUGAAAAGAAAGAGGUACUCUUUCAGAAAUUUGAGUGCAAAGAAAACAAAGAAAGCAAAGCUUGAGAUCAGAAAUCAAAAGCAGAAGCAGACACAGAAGAAGAACCAGAUGAUCAAGAAAAACAAGGGUAGAAAGAGAUCAAGGGAGUCAUUAAUUCUAAGGGAUCCAAAAGAUCGUUGGUCUGCUGAAAGGUACAAGCUUGCUGAGCAGAAUCUUUUGAUGGUGAUGAAAACAAAGGGUGCAACGGCUGAUAAACCAAUCUUGAGGCCUCAGUUGAGAGCAGAAGCAAGAAAGAGGAUAGGCGAUACAGGGCUGCUUGAUCAUCUUCUGAAGCAUAUGGCUGGGAAGCUUGCUCCAGGCGAGCAAGAGAGAUUCAGGAGGAGGCACAACCCCGAUGGAGCAAUGGAGUAUUGGUUGGAAGGUGCUGAUCUUGUUAGAAUCAGGAGAGAUGCUGGUGUCACUGACCCUUAUUGGGUGCCACCGCCUGGUUGGAAACUUGGUGACUCCCCAACUCAGGACCCUACAUGUGCUAGAGAGCUGAAGAUGCUCAAGGACGAUAUUUCAAAAAUAAAAAGAAGUAUAGAACAGAUGGCAACAAAGAUGCAGCUAGAGGAGGAAGUUGGAAUGCUAAGGAGGGAAAUUGAUGAAAUUUCUUCCAAGAAAAAGCAACAAGAAGAUCAAACAAUCACAUCUGAAUCAAACCAUUGUGGUAUAAAUCAAAAGCUGGAUCAGCUUGCUGCUUCAUUGGAAUCCUCAAAACGCGAUUUUGGCUACGUACAUGUUUCAGUGGAAAAGUACAAGGAACAAUUGAUGACCAUCUCAGAGUUUGUGAAAGAAAUAGAGGGAAAAUUUGAAAAGCUAAUCCCCAGUCUAACAGAAACAGCAAAAGCAGGCUCUUCAUUAAUGGUGGCAACAGAUGCAGAUACGAUGAGAGAGAAAACAGAAGUGGAGAGAGAGAGGAAGAGCACACAUGACCAGCAAGUACAAGAUGCAUUAAUUGCUAAAAACCAGAAGAAUGGCCAAAGUGCAGCAGAGGAAAAAGCAGCGAAAAUACAAAGGCUGAAGAGUGGUUUCAGAAUCUGCAAGCCACAGGGCACUUUCCUGUGGCCAAACAUGGUCAACAACAACAACAAUAGCAGCAGCAUUAAUAACUCCACUAGUUUUCUGCAGGUUCAAGUUGAGGUUCCUACCCCUCCUUCAGUUUCAUCCUCCACUGUGCCACCUCAGCUUCCCUAUAGCUGCGGUGGCGGCCUGUAUCAACCACCACCACCAUCCAUAGUCAAGCCCUUGGCUGAAAAACGUGCAGUCACAGUCACUGUCUCCACCUUGUCUAAGGCCCAGAAUAAUGAGGGUAGUGGCGAUAAUGUUAACAAUUCCUUCACCACUAACACUCCUGCUUUAGUCAAUCUAAAUCAUGCCCCAAUCAAUCUUGAUGAUGACAUGCCAUUGAAGCUUGCUGCUAAUAGAUUGCCAUGGGAGAGUGGUGGUGUGUACGACGACACAGCGGCGUGCUGCUGCCCGUCGGCUUCUGAAGUGGGAAACUGGUUGGCACUGUCGACUAAUUUCAAGUCUGCAUCUGAUGAUUCCAGCCAUGGUUAAUCAGCUUGAAUUCAUAUGCUGUUGCUAAAGAUAAAAUAUUUUGUAGUUUUUCUUAAAUUGUCAGAGUAAAACAAUGUG